CACCCAUCAAAAUUUCUAUUAGAAUAAAUAAAUAAAUAAAUUUUGUCUCUUAUAACAUAAUAUAUUGAUUUAUGACACUCACGAAAUCGAUUUGUUUGAAAAAGACUCGGAGUUGUAAUAACAAAGUUUCUCCAUUUAUUUCGUCCAUAUAGUUGACUUCCACAUUUGUGCGCGCGGGUAGAUCCAAGAGCUUGUCGAAAGGAGGUACAUAUAGAUUACGCGGCUAAGGUUCCACGGGUGAUGAUGGCGUUGAAAAAGAUAGCCAGAAAAGUCAAAUACAUUAUCUCCAAGUCAUUCAACAAACUCUAUAAACAAACUCCGUCAAGACGACGACCCCAACAACCGCCACAACCACCGCUGCAUUCAUCCUCGCCUCCGCCGAUACUGUCCUCUUCUCCCGCUGCCGCAGCCAUGUCUCCGCCUGCACCAGCGCACCGGCCUUUCGUCUUCCCACGAGCACAGUCCACCGUCCUCCCUGAUCCCUCCCGUUUCUUCGCCGCCCACCUCCUCUCCAAGCCUCUCCCGACGAAUUCCUUCUUCCAGAACUUCGUCCUCAAAAAUGGCGAUCAGCCGGAAUACAUCCAUCCAUAUCUCGUCAAAUCCUCGCAAUCGUCGCUCUCUCUGUGUUACCCCUCCCAGUUCCGAAACCCUGCCUUCGUCUACCAGAUUUUCAAUUCGGAUCUCACCAUUUCCGCUCUGAACAAUGCGGACCCUAAUGCGGCCCAUGUGGUUUCCUCGUUCAGCGAUCUCAGUCUCACGCUCGACCUUCCCUCCAGCAAUCUCAGGUUCUUCCUCGUCAGGGGCAGCCCCUUCCUGACCUGUGAAGUAAACCGGAUAGUCCCGAUCUCAAUUUCAACCAUCCACGCGAUUCUAGAAUGUUCGCCCAAUGAAUCUCAGACCAAAUACACGAUCAAGCUCAACAAUAACCAGACGUGGCUUCUCUAUACCUCUUCGCCCAUCAAUUUGAGCCAUGAUUUGUCUACCAUCACUUCCGGGGACUUCCUUGGCGUGUUCAGGAUUGCUCUCUUGCCGGACUCUGAUCUGAUUUGUGAACCGGUUCUCGACGGGUUCAGUUCUUGUUAUCCCAUUGCAGGUGACGCCGUGUUCUCCAAGCCAUUUUGCUUGGAGUAUAAGUGGGAGAAAAGGGGAUGGGGAGAUCUGCUGAUGCUUGCUCAUCCCCUUCAUCUUCGUCUUCUUUCAGACGCUGGUUGUAGAUUCACCAUUUUAGAUGUGUUCAAAUACAGCAGCAUCGAUGGUGAUCUUGUAGGCAUUGUUGGGGAUUCAUGGCUCUUGAAGUGCGAUCCGAUUUCAGUGACUUGGCACUCCAUCAAAGGCAUCAAUGAGGAAUCACACAGAGAGGUUAUCGCUGCACUCAAUGCAGAUGUGCUCGCGCUGGAUUCUGCAAAAAUCCAGACUUCGUCGUCCUAUUUUUAUGGUAAGUUGAUUGCAAGAGCAGCAAGGCUGGCAUUGAUAGCUGAAGAGGUCUCACACUCUGACGCGAUUCCAACAAUCCGAAGCUUCUUGAAGGCUGCAAUUGAGCCCUGGUUGGAUGGAACUUUCAAUGCUAAUGGAUUCUUGUACGAUUCCAAAUGGGGUGGACUCGUGACCAGACAAGGCUUAACAGAUACAGGAGCAGAUUUUGGAUUUGGGAUCUUCAAUGAUCACCAUUAUCACAUUGGGUACUUUGUUUACGCAAUCGCUGUGCUAUCCAAGAUUGAUUCGGCAUGGGGGAGGAAGUACAAGGGGCAGGCGUAUUCUCUAGUUGCAGAUUUCAUGAAUCUUAGCAGGCAUUCAAAUUACACGCGGUUGAGGUGUUUUGACUUGUGGAAGCUCCAUUCUUGGGCAGGAGGGUUGACAGAAUUUGCAGAUGGGAGAAACCAGGAGAGCACGAGCGAGGCGAUAAAUGCUUACUAUUCUGCAGCUCUGAUGGGGUUGGCUUACGGCGACACACAUCUUGUAGCCGUUGGAUCCACACUCUCAGCCUUUGAAAUUCAAUCGGCACAGACUUGGUGGCACAUUAGAGAGGAUAACAAUUUGUACCCAGAAGUGUUUGCCAGGGAGAACCGCGUGGUGGGUGUCCUGUGGGCUACUAAAAGGGACAGUGGCCUAUGGUUUGCUCCUGCAGAAUGGAAGGAGUGCAGGCUGGGAAUACAACUUCUGCCAUUACUGCCCAUAAGUGAAGUUCUGUUCUCUGAUGCCAAGUUUGUGAAGCAGUUGGUUGAAUGGACAUUGCCAGCCCUGGCGAGGGAAGGGGUGGGAGAAGGGUGGAAAGGGUUCGUGUACGCGUUGGAAGGGGUUUACGAUAAAGCUGGGGCGCUGGAGAAGGUGUCCCCAAACUCUCCCAUACUACUACCCUUGAGUAACUGUUUAGAAGAUACCACCCAAGUGUCAUCUCUACUACUACCACAACUACUUCCACUACUACCCUCUUCUCCAUCGUCCAAGACAACCAGAGUAGUGAUAAUACCCGUACCGACUCAAACAAACCAACUACCGUUUUGUCCCGUCGACCCGAGGUCUUGAGGUUAAAUCGGAAUUUGGUGGCUGAAAAAAACUACUCAGAAACCUAGUAAGAAAUAGGGCCGAUACACCAAAAUGGUAUAUCUCAUUUGUACACCAGACAAACACCCACAUUAAAUGUUUGUGAUCACAGACAUUUAGUGUUUAUAAUUUGCCUGGUGUACAAAUGGGGUACACUAAUUUGGUGUACCCCUAAGCUUAUUGUGCGGAAUAUUACACAAUCUGAAGUGAUUUUAUUAAACACAAAUACAAUAUCUACAAGUUACUCCGUACUAGUCUAGCCAAAUUACGAAAUCUGCAACAAUGAGUGAUUACAGAGUACAUUUUCGGGACCUUCUAUUGUUGUACUGUAACUACUUAAACAAUAUGAGUCAUAGAGGAGAUCGUCCCUUCGGGGACAUCCGAUAAAAUUGGAACGAUACAGAGAAGAUUAGCAUGGCCCCUGCGCAAGGAUGACACGCACAAAUCGAGAAAUGGUCCAAAUUUUUUUUUUUUGGCCCUUUUUUCUUUCCCCUGAAUUUUAGGGUUUC